AUGGAACUGCCGGAACAUUGCUGCCGGUCGUCGGUGUGUAUGACCAUGGACUACAGUCAGCUUGUGCACAGGCCGUCAGGUUGUGAACAAUGCUCUAGGACUAGAUCAAAUAGCCGAAAUAGUGACUGUGAUAGUGAUUUAGUGGAAAAAUGUCGACCUUACAAAUCAAGUGCGGCUAGAAGCAGAUACGUCAACGUCUGCGCCGCGGUGUGCUUAUUACUGCUGGUGGGUGGAUUGUCACCUCAGUCUUCGGCGGCGCCACAUCGAAGCCGCGGCAUGGAGCGCCCGAGACGCUCCGCCGAUUCCUCACAGGAGAAUCGCCUAUGGGCGAAUCCCUGCGACUAUAAUAACUCUAAUUCAAAAUCAGCUUUAAAAUACUCACCGAAACUUGCUAAGGAUGUCGCUUCACAGGCAAGAAAUGCACUUAAAUCGACGGCGCAGUACAAAGAUAAAUUCGCGUUAAAGUUACACAGUUACCCGAGUUUCGACGAGCUGCUUCAAGCCUGGACCGGGUACGACUGGCUGCGAAAGUUCCCUUGGUUCCGUGAGGAAGUGCUGCCAAAGGAGAAAGUCCUCAACCAGUUAAUGCCCGACGAGUACAUGAACCAGUUGAUGGACCACAUUGACGAAAUUCUACCAUCAAUGUACAAGGGAUUAAAAAUGGUUGUCGCCGGCUUGUACGCGAUCAGCAAUGAAGGGCUUAACGACAACAUUAUUUCCGAUGAAAGUCUAAAAGGAAGCAUCAACCUGACCAUGCAUGAUGUACGGGCAGUUCUGUGCUUAUUUAAUGACAUAAUGAAGUCGCGGAACUUGGAAAUAAUGCCGUUACCGGACUCGGAAAUCCCCAAUUUCAAGACAGAAGACAAAUUGUCAGUUGGACUACUCGUCUACAGGGAUACCCUUAACUACUUGGAAUAUUUAUCGCAGGUUUUCCAGAAAAUGUACGAAACGGCACCUAAACAAGCCGAUUGA